AUGUCACAGUCGGAGUCAGAGGAUGGCCAUACCGACUCCGACUUGGUGAAGUUUAAGGACAGUGGGGGAGGUGAAAACUUACCGUUCGGAUUCUUGGGGAAGCGAGGCCGGAUGAAGGGGAGCCAAAAGAAGGCAUCGGAAAUUGAGGGCUGCUACCGCGCGGAGUGGAGGCCGGUGCCGAACGGAGGGAGAGGGAUUCUGUCAACUUCUCAAGGUAAGGGCCAUUGCUCCUUCUCUCUCUCUCUCUCUCUCUCUCUCUCUAGCAUAUACCUCACUCUUUACAAUUGGACCAUCCUCUUUGGAUGGCUUAAAGUCUUGUACCUUGCUGUCCAGACACUCAGGGAGUCUGGCCAUGAACACGUUUAUGAUGCCAUCCAACUCCUGCUUCAGCUCACUCAAACCUCCGCCCUCUUGGAGAUUAUUCAUGGUCUAGUAGGCCUGGUGACAUUUCCGAUAUCAGUAACGCUGUCACAGAUUGGUUGCAGGUUGUAUUUGACGUGGGGUAUCUUGUGGAGUUUCCCUCAGACUCAGAGUCACAUACUUGUGACCUCCCUGGUGAUCAGCUGGUCCAUCACCGAGUUUGAAGUAACAUCUUGGUUACUAAAGAUUAUUUGGUAUUCUUUCUUUGGGAUGAAGGAGGCACUUGGUUUUGCACCUUCAUGGCAUUUAUGGAUUAAUUUCUUGGUUGUAGACCCUUCUGGUGGAAGAUAUCCUAAUUCUACAUCUUCAGAACCUUUUGAAGAAAAAAUUGCUUUAGGUCUAAUGGCUGCUAAAACUUGCUUCUAA